UUCCCAGACGGUGUCAGUGGGACGGAGUGUUGCGCUAUCGGCUCCUCUUGUUGCUCUUCUAGAAAAACUCUGGCCAAUUGCGGAGAAAGCAUCGGCUUCUGAGUUUCAGCCGGGAGAGGGGGCGGCCCCCAGUCAGUGGGGUAGAUUUUUGUUUUCGCAGGGGGCGUGAGAGUCCUGCGAACGAUGCGGGACAAGUGAAGAACUCGGGCACUUUUGUUAAGGCGUUGGGGAGCGAAAAAGAGGCCGCAACACGCCCCGACUAGUCCCAUCCUUGUGUUUGUGAACAAACCACGUGGCAGUGACUCACUCUCCAGGACCAGAUCUUUACAGACGCUGCCGGAGGCGCCGGUUCUCCUUUUUUCUCUCUUGCCCUGACCGAUCGCCUCUAGGGCCGGCCCAUCAUGGUGGGAAUUCGUCGCUCCCUGUACAACCUCACGGCCGUUUGUUGCUUCCUCGCUGGAAGCCUCCUGUCUCUGCCAGGAGAUGGGAAGAAUGGGUCAUCUGCUUCAUCCAGCAUAAUUUCUCAGUUCACACUUCGUCACACUGAGGCUAGAAGCUUCCAAGCCACAGCCACCAGUAGGGAUGACAUUAUCACAAGCAUCCCACAAGUCAGUGUCAGCAGCAUUGGUCAGUCGGAUUAUCUGACCACUACUACACCUGGCUAUUUGAAUACUACAGCAAGGAUACAGACCCAGACUGCAAAUAAUGCCUCUAAUAGUAGCACUGAUCCUUCUUUAUUUCUUACUCCAACUACAAACUUACCGGAAACUAAUACAUUUGACCUGGAUGAUGAUAGAAGAUACAUCAAUGCCACAUCCUUGCUUACUUCCAGCACUAUGAUCCCGGCUACAGAAAUUUUGCAAUCAAAUGAGACACAAGGAACAUCAGCUGCUUUGCAGCCGGAAUCUUCUACAUUCAUUACCAUGGGACCAGCAAAAAAUACCACCCCAGUCAUGGACCAUAAGGCUUUCACAGAAGAGAACACUGUUGCCUCCACAUCAUCUCCAAGGACUACUAUUGGUGAACAAGUGAUCACAAUAACUACAUCCAAUACUUCUCGAUCAGUAACAUUUGAGGUUGCCUCCUCUACUCUCUUACCUCACAAAAUCCUAUCAGCAGAGACAGAGCAACCAGCUAAACAUGACCACAAGACAACUGUAUUUGAUGUGGGAAACAAUCAAGGUCUGCCCAGUAUACCAGUAGUCAGUCCAAUAGGAAAGGAUCCCCUCGUGAUUGCUGUCGUUGUAAUUUUUGUUGUGACAGUAGGGAUUCUGACUCUCCUGGGUUUCUUGAGGUAUCGACAACGUGGCAAUAGACUACGAUUUAGACGUCUCCAGGACUUGCCUAUGGAUGACAUGAUGGAAGACACACCUCUUUCCCUCUACAGCUACUAAACAAUUGAAAGACUUAAAAAAAACAGAACCUGUUAAAGGCUACAAAGCUUGUAAAGGAUCCCAACUGGGGAGCAACUCUACAAUUUGGAGCUGCUGUACUGACAUGCAAAUAACUAUAGAGUUGCAAGUCAAAUGACUUACUUUUUAAAAAUGCUUGUCCUUUUCUUUAUUUUUGAGAAUCAGCUUAACCAAAACCUUUUCCUCAAUACAUCUUCAUUUUCUGUGACUGGGUACAUGCAAUGCUAGAGAAAAAAAAAAUCAACUAUCUUUUCAACUGCUGGCUUCAUAUCAAAGAUAGGUUUGUUGGAUUCUGAGAAAAUACACUGUAUGGGGUGCUUUUUUCACAAAAAGUAAAAAAUAUGAAAUAUAUGGAAUAUGAUGUGUUUCUUGAGAAUGGAAAUGCAAUGAAACUGUGACUGGGAAAUGAAGUUGGCUCUCUUAUUUUCUUUGAAUUACACUUCAUGUUUCUAUCAAGAUUUAAAACAUGAUCCAGAAGGAAGCAGUGAUCUCAUCCUUUUAAUCAGGGCCCUCUGAAUUAUACUAAGAAAAUUAGUCCAGCAUUCAUUUUCGUAUAGGGCCAUGCAAAUCUCUCUAGCAAGUUGAGACAAAGUUAGAAAGCAAUAAUCCUCUACUCCAGUUAAUGGUAUUCAGUAUUCACACUGCAUAGUCUGACUAUUGCUACUGAAGCCCCUUUCCGUGCUCUGGUUUAUGGUGUUUUUGCAGGGAAUAAAAGCAUCUGUAGUUUAUACUGAAUUCAGCACUCAAUUUAAUAUCAGUUUACUGAGGAAAUUGUACUCCUUUAUUUAAUACUAAGGAAUAGCACACAAUAUGUUUUUUGUCACUCUAAAUGUUUUAUCUAACUAUAUGUUUAAUCCUGCCAGUAUUGUUGAUAAUGCUUGGAACAAUAAGAUUGUGCAAUAACACUAAUUUGGUGCUGCUGUUUGAAAGCUGUAUCCAGCUUUCUGUGCUACUAUUUACCAAGCUCGAACAGUCUACUGAAAGGCAUGAUCAUCUGAAAUUUGCCUGUUUCCACAUGCAGUCUUUAUCCCCUUCUCUUACUCUUCUGUCAAAGGUUAGACAAUUCAUGUUGUUCAUCAUAUUCAAAAGCUGCUAUGUUUUCAUGUACAAGCUGGGUUCAUAUACUAAAAAUAAAGCUUAAUGUUGUUUA